CGUCGCGAUAUUUUUGACGCCGGCUAUAACGCAAACACUCGACCUGAUGGGGCAUAGAAGAUCUCAGAUGCCAUGCAAGAAGCUCUGGAGGAGUUACACUUUUACUUUAUUGAUAAAACAUUUAAUCUAAUGUUAAGAGCAGUUGGUAAGAAGAGGUGUUAAAAAAAAAACAAUUUGAGAAAAUGUUAAAUGUUUAAGGCACCAAGAACGAGCAUUCUGUAUUCCCACAGAUAAAACCAUAUAUGGUAUCUGUGACAGUUCCCAACAAAAAAACCCUGAAUAGAUAGGCAACAUGUAUGGUAGUGCUCGCUCAGUCAACAAAGCGGACUCCAAGGCCAACAACCAUGGCUCGGCGGCAGGCAAGAGCAACAACAGCAGCAGCCAGAGCUCGGGGCGCUCCCCAAGGCUGCCCCGCUCGCCCCGCAUGGGGCACCGGCGCACCAACAGCAUGGGCGGCAGCGGCGGCGGGCCAGGGGGCGGUGGCAAGACCCUCUCCAUGGAGAACAUCCAGUCGCUCAACGCGGCCUAUGCCACCUCAGGCCCCAUGUACAUGAGCGACAACGAGGUGGCCAUCGCCACCACUUCUGACCUGCCCAAGAGCACGGUCACGCUGGCGCGCUCCACGGGUGGCAGGGUGCCCUAUGGGAUGCGCAGCGGGGCCGUCAUGGGCAGCACCCCCGAGAUGGCCGUUGCACUGCCCGGCAUGGCCGUCACGCCCUGCGACUCGGUGGGCUUCGGCGGCGAGCUGCACGCCGCCUCCACCGUGCCGCACUCGCUGCGUCAGGCGCGCGACAACACCAUCAUGGAGCUCCAGGUGCAGCUGAAGGAGGUGCUGCGGGAGAACGAGCUCCUCCGCAGGGAGGUGGACAUCAAGGAGAGCAAGCUCAGCUCCUCCAUGAACUCCAUCAAGACCUUCUGGAGCCCCGAGCUGAAGAAGGAGCGUGCCCUCCGCAAGGACGAGGUGGCCAAGAUCUCCGUCUGGAAGGAGCAGUACCGUGCCCUGCAGGACGAGACACAGCACCUCCAGACCUCCAUCCAGGCGCUGCAGGCAGAGCUGCGUAUCCAGCGGGACCUGAACCAACUGCUGCAGCCGGCCAGCGAGCCCCUGGCCUCCGAGCCGGGAGAGGAGCAGGAGCGGCAGGCCCGGGAGCUCUUCCUGCUACGCCGCACACUGGAGGAGAUGGAGCUCCGCAUCGAGACCCAGAAGCAGACGCUGCUGGCGCGCGACGACUCCAUCAAGAAGCUGCUGGAGAUGCUGCACACCAAGGGCCCGUCAGCCAAGGCCAGUGAAGAGGACCAUGAGCGCACGCAGAGGCUGGCGGAGGCCGAGAUGCACAUGCACCACCUGGAGAACCUGCUGGAACAGAGGGACAAGGAGAUGGCCGCCCUCAGGGAGGAGCUGCUUCGCCGCUAUGAAGGAACCCCCGAUUCAACCAAGACUAAGGCCUUGCAAACCGUCAUUGAGCUCAAGGACUCCCAGAUCUGCUCCCUGGAGCGUGGUCUGCGUGAGCUGGAGGACCAGGUGAUGCUGCUGAGGUCCAGCAGUGCCCUGACCUGCGAGGAGCGCCAGGAGGAGGUCAAGCAGAUGGAGGUCUACCGCAACCACACCAAGUUCAUGAAGAGCAAGAUGGACCAAGUGAAGCAAGACCUCUCCAGGAAAGACACUCAGCUCCUGGGUCUGCAGACCAAACUAGAAACACUGACGAAUCAGUUCUCAGAUAGCAAACAACACAUCGAGGUCCUAAAGGAGUCCCUAACAGCCAAAGAACAGCGUGCAGCCAUCUUACAAACUGAGGUGGAUGCUCUGCGUCUGCGUCUGGAGGAGAAGGAGAGCACGCUGAACAAGAAGAGCAAGCAGAUCCAGGAGAUGUCGGAGGAGAAGAGCACCCUCAACGGGGAGAUCCACGACCUCAAGGACAUGCUGGACGUCAAGGAGCGCAAGGUCAACGUGCUGCAGAAGAAGAUUGAGAAUCUCCAGGAGCAGCUGAAGGACAAGGAGAAGCAGAUCAGCAGUCUGAGGGAACGUCUCAAGUCCCUCCAGACCGACACCUCCAACACAGACACCGUCCUCAGCACCCUCGAGGACUCGCUUGCUGAAAAGGACCGCAUCAUUGAGCGCCUGAAGGAGCAGCGUGACCGUGAGGAGCGUGAGAAGAGUGAGGAGCUGGACACCAGCAAGAAGGAGAUGAAGGAACUCAAGGAGAAGCUCACCAACCUACAGGGAGACCUGUCAGAGAGAGAGACGUCUCUGUUGGACCUGAAGGAGCAUGCGUCGUCGCUGGCCUCAGCGGGGCUGAAGAAGGACUCCAAGCUGAAGACCAUGGAGAUCGCCCUGGAGCAUACCAGGGAGGAGUGCACCAAGCUGGAGAGCCAGCUCAAGAGGGCAAAGAACGCUGCCGCGGAUGCCCAGGCGAACUCCGAGCUGUCGGACAAGAUCUCGGCUCUGGAGGUGGACGUGGCCCGGCACAGAGAGGACUCUGGGAAGGCACAGGCCGAGGUCGACCGCCUGCUGGAGAUCCUGCGCCAGAUGGAGAACGAGAAGAACGACAAGGACAGAGUCAUCAGCGAACUGGAGAGGCAAGUGAAGGACCAGAACAAGAAGGCCAGCUCCCAGAAGCACGGGGCUGAGAAAGGCAGAAACAGCACUGACAGCCCACAGCAGGCUUCUCUCCGCCAGAAGGCAGAGCGUAUAGAGGAGCUGGAGGAGGCUCUGAGGGAGAGCGUGCAGAUCAGCGCCGAGAGGGAGAUGGUGCUCGCCCAGGAGGAGGCGGCACGAGCACACCAAGAGAAACAGAUGGAGGAGCUUCUGUCGGCGAUGGAGAAGGUGAAGCUGGAGCUGGAGUCCAUGAAGGCCAAGAUGUCCUCCACGCAGCAGUCGCUGGCCGAGAAGGAGGCGCACCUCACCACGCUCAGGGCGGAGCGCAGGAGACACCUGGAGGAGGUGCUGGAGAUGAAACAGGAGGCGCUGUUAGCAGCAAUCAGUGAGAAGGAUGCCAACAUUGCUCUGCUGGAGCUGUCCUCGUCCAAGAAGAAGAAGACCCAGGAGGAGGUCACCCAGCUGCGGCGGGAGAAGGACCGGCUGGUCCAGCAGCUCAAACAACAGACUCAAAACCGUAUGAAGUUAAUGGCAGACAGCUAUGAAGACACCCAUCUGAAAACACAACCCAACCAGACCAAUCACAAGCCUUCGCCUGAUCAGGAUGACGAAGAAGGCAUUUGGGCAUAAUUCCUGGAAUGGUUGUGGACAGAGAGAUGGCGGUGAGACCAUACUUCACCCACCAUGCUGCUGCGCCCCGCCUUCCCUCCAGAUGACAGACCUGCUUCCUAAAGCACCCGACCCUGCUCUCUCUCUCUCUCUCUCUCUCACACACACACACACACAC